AUGCGACAGGUAUAGAGCAAAAUAUCGAUAAUAACAGGGCCGGCGAGUUAAAAUGCGGUUUGUGACUAAUAAGCAUAUUCCACAGAUUUAUUUCGCAGUAAUCUCUUCCAGACUUUUAGAUUACUCGAGUUACCCGACGUUAUAGCUAGAGUACGGAGAAUCCCCUGGCUGGCGAACAGAUCCGAUCAUUGACAAAGUCCAUCCAUUACCAUAGCCACCGGACGAUGCAACUGUCGCAGCCGGCCUCCUAAGGUCACCGAAGCGUUCUCGGUGACACCUGGAAGGGAACUUUUUUAUGGAACGAGGUGAGACAUACUAAUUAACCGUCGGGCUUCGGCGGAAAGCUGAAGUAGAUAGACGGGUGACCAGGUGUCCAUCUACGAGUAAAACUUCUUAAUGCAAUCUCUGAUUACUGGGUCUAAAUUUAGAGUAGAUUAGGGCCAAAAACGAUAACAUUUGUCUGCGACAUACCUACAAUGACGUUCUCACCCAAAUUCCUUCUCCGGUUGGCGUGCGCAAUUUGGCGCCUGAGGCUUAGAUCAACUCAACUCCCCACUCUGUCAUUAAUUAAAAGCAUUGAAGCCUGUUUUUCCGGGUUUUCUCGCCCGUGAUUAUGUCUUAUAAACUUCCCACUAAAUGUAAUACAGCAGCACUAUCGUUUUAGUGUCAGAAAAGGACAGCGCAGUCCAUCAGUGUAAUUUCGGACUUUUUCCCUCUGGAAUCACCAUAAAUGCUAAUUCGGGUCAUUAUAGGCAAAGUCCUGUCUCCAAAUAUAUGACCUUGGUUUGGAGUAUGUUGAGGUUAUAUUACUUAUUGAUAGACUUGACAGUUUUCCUGCCGAGACUAAUCAUCUCUAACCAGACAGCUCUUAUUCCAAAGUCAGGUUUCCAGCUGUUUACGCGACCACAAAGGGAUUUUUGAGAGCUGGAGCACCAUCAGAAACCACGGGGCCCCCCUGAGAGACAAAGUAACCUGCUGGAACCCUCAUAAAAUUGAGAUGCCGGUGUCCGGACUUUAAUGGAUUAAGUUUCCUCAUGUCCAUAUUGCCAUAUUUACUGGGGCUAACAUACCGUGGCUAUUUCUCCAACGUUAAGACCUGAAUGUACCUGAAAGGUAGUCUGCGGACCACUGUACCGCAGUGUCAGAGAUUAAUUGCCAAAACCUGGAGGGGUAUCGUCACUGGAUAUUUCUAACUCACCGAUCAGCAAGGCGCUGAGCUAGUGCGUCUUUGAAGCCAGUACGAUUCGUGUGUUCAUUUCAUGACCCUAGAACGGGUCAUGCGAUAGAUGCGUUGGACCAACAAGGGAGCUAGUGCGUGUUCUUUGAAAGGCGCACCCAGGUGCAAGCUCGCACCGCGCCAAUUGGGAUCCGAACCGCCCCCUUUUUUCCUCGUGUUAUGAAAUUCCGAUCUGUGUGCAUUGUGGACCAUGGGGCAUGGUGGCGCGCGCUUAGAUGCGAGGUUUUGCCGUAUCAGCCACCUACGCUCUCUCCCUCUGAUGAAUUUCUUGACUAUGUCUGGACACCGGGCCCAGGGGGGGAGGAGAGAGCGCGGAUGAUGCAGUGUAAGUCCACUAUCACAAUAAAAUAAUUCACGCGCAUGUCACCGUCCCUGCUCUCAUCUUGUUGUGGGGACAUACCGCAAGUAUCAUCGGUCACGACUUUUGCACUGUCGUGUGGUCAUUCCAGUUCUCGAGAUUUUUAUUUUAAUAUUGUUUGCUUUAAUACUGUACGUGCCUCUCGUAUAAGGUCCAGGCUCCCUCUUAUAAAUUAAAAUGGUCUGCUAUUCCAUUGCAGGGAUGUUAAACUCAUUUUUUGAGGGACCGCCCGGAGUCAAUAAAAGGAACUUCGCUUGUGGGCUGAUGUAGCUAUAGAUGCCGUCAAUCCUAGACGUCCAUCUUGUGGUCGUUUGUUUCCUCAUAAGAAACUGUUUGGAACGUCGUACGCAGAAAACGAAGUAUCUUGGCUCAUAGGGUUGCUGUUUCUUUUUGCAUGAAAUAGGGCUCCCUAAUGCUGAAAAUGCGUGUACCGACAAGGUUACAAGACACUAGAGUGACCACCUGCGGACGACACACCCAAAUCAGGUGCUUACCCAACCGAGGUUUUAGCCCGAGGUUCUAGACGUUCACUGAGCAUUUUAAAUCAAACACUCCCGCCGUGCGUCGGUUGGCCGUUCCAGCCUCCCUCGUCUCUCUGCGACACAUCUGUCGACUGACCCUUGUACUGCCUUUGAUUCGCCAGUAUAUACUCAGGUCCGACUUUUGAAGGGUGAUGGUCCAAGCUAAGCGCAGAGCUGCUUCUCACCCGUCUGGUCCUUAAGGAUUGCGUUAGUCUGCUAUGUCAUGGUCCAACAAACCAUGGCUCUCGCAACCUGGUGUGCACUGGCAGUUCUCUGACAUCUGGUUCCCUGCCAGUGGAUGCGCUUGUGCUACCGCUGUGUAUACAAAUCGUGAACAUGACUGCCCAGUCAUUCUCCGCUUUCUGACCCGUUGUGGUGCUGUUGUUGUUGGUCAAAAUCCUGGUCAAGAGUUCAUUGUGGUCCAGGGGAAUGUAGUGGCACGUCAAGGCGCGGAUCCACCCGCGCCAGUCACCUACACCCUCCCUCACCUCCAGUCUUCUUGACAAUGUAUUAACACCAGGUUUGCGCUCCCGCUGGGUGGACAAGUCCAGUGCCCACUCAACCUCCUCUUUCUGACCUGCUAUUCUGUUGUUGCUGGUUAAAGUCCUGGUCAAGUGUCUUUUGUGGACCAGGAAGUGUGAGGGUACGCCUAGGUGCUGGUUUGGCCGUCCCGACCACCUGCGCUCUCACCUACCUCCGGUCUUUUUGACUAUGUCUUGAGACCGGGCCCAGGUGGGGGGAGGAGGAGUUUCAUCGGCGGCACCUAUAAUAACACCAGACCGAUGAACUCAACCCUGCUGUGGCUGUUACUAUUUCCAAUUAAAGCAGAACCCUGAGCGCUUGGAUAAUUGGGCAAUGGGUGAAUUCGGCCACUGAUUGGGCAGAGGCUGGCUCAUGACGGCGAGCAAACCUGAAACGAGUUGACACACACUAUAUCGACAGAUUCGAUCUUCUUACACAUCCAGGACGGUCUCGUCAACUACCCUAACUCGGAGGACUCGGAUACCGAACAGGAAGACGAUCAGGACGCCGGCACCACUUCCUCCUUCUUCUUCUCCAGGUCUCCGGCCACCGACUCGCUUACUCCACCUGAUCCCCCCUCUCCAAGUAUGCCAUUCGCUAGGCAUUGAAAUUCCUGCAUCCCACUGAUCGAUGCGACUCCAGCCCACCCUUUUCCCUCUCCCUCUAGCUGAUUUUUGGCGCACAACGGUCUCAGACAGGGAGCCGGUGUGUGUCCAGGAGCCUGCAGACACACUGUAUGCCUCCCCUGCCAUUGCGCGCCCCCCGAGUCCGCCCUGGCAGCCUCCUGAAAUCACCAAACCCCGAGCGCCGGAUGCUGGCAUUGAGAUGAACGCAUGUGCCUAUCGACACCUGGAGAAAAAGAAGAGGAGACGCCUCGACUCUGCGAUAUCCGCCAAGCCUGGAGCGGAACAAAAGUCGGAGCCUCCUCUCGCAAAUGUCCCUCAGAAAGUUGUUGCCAGUGAAGAAUUCGCCUCCGAGGAGGCAGAGCAGGACGACAACCUCUUUAAACGGCUCUCUUUUUCCUGUGAGGUGAGACUGGAUACACAUGGAAACUUUACAUUAUUUUAUGUGCUCUAUUUUGCCUACUUAAGCCCUUUUGAGUAGCAAUCUUUACUAGAUCUAAAUAUUGUUUCAGGACCUCCCAUCUGGCUCAUGGAACACGGACGAUUUCUACCCCCGCUGUUCGGUCUGCUGGCCGUUGUUAGCUGUCAGUUGUCCCGUUGGCAAGCUGAGCGGGAUUCUGCAGUUCGGUGUACAGGUCUGGAAAUUGGAUGGUGAACCUCUGACAGCCCAUCGAGUCGCAACCUAUGGCGACGCUGGCACGGCUCCCCCCGGACGGAUUGUCUGGCUGCGACUCUUGACAAAACACUGGCUAGCGGUAGCCUACGAGACCGGCUUUCUUUGCGUCUGGGACAAUGUAAAAGGUAAUAGUUACGAUUCAUUCUCUUCCUCGUGAGGUGUUGUGAUAUCCGCACAGGGCUGUCCGAGUUAGCCCUCUUCGCUUUCCCAAAAGUUUUGAGUAUAUCUGACGAUGGACUGCUGCACGAGUCGUAAAGCUUAGGACAAUGGGCAAAAUAUUCCGGUGCUCAAAACCUCUUCUUCUUUUCAUAUCCGGGCCCCACUGAUGUAAAUUGAAUAUUGCCUCCAGGAGUUGCGGCUCGAACCCAGUUUUAUAGGUGAUUGAGCAGUUAUAAGUCCAACGCUCUACCUCUCGAUUGCUUUGGACUGCGUAACGUCUAUUAACCGAAGAAUCCGGGUUUCUGUCCCGCGCUAUCUAAGCCUACUGUCGGACAUGACUGACUGACGAUGGUUAGAAAGUCAAAAAUGACCGCCUUUCGAUUUGGUAACCGUGCAUAACAUGCAAGCCGUGCGACCAAACAACCCUAGUUUAAAUCCCGGGUUAUCCGACCCCUGGGUUGAGGGGGGGAGGGGGAAAGUUGUGGCUCGCCGGUGACGACUGACAGAACGUUAAUGGUUAUCGCGUGGUGCUAUUAGUUAACUGCCGGAUCAUUCCACUUGGAAUGUCCAAGUACGAAUCUCCGAUUAUCCAAACCUGGACCAAAGAAUUCGGGUUUCUGUCCCGCGCUAUUUAAGCCUACUGUCGGACGUGACUGACUGACGUCGGCUAGAAAGUCAGAAGCGGCCGCAACCGAUUUAGCCACCGUGCGUAACAUGCCCAUCGUGCGGCAAACGAUCUGAGUUUGAAUCCCGGGGUUGAGGGAGGGCGGUUGUGGCUCGCUGAUGGCGAAUAACAGAACCUAAAUGGCUAUCACUUGAUGCCAGUAGUUAACUGCUACACCAUUCCACUUGAAAGGUUUAAGUACGAAUCCCUGAUUAUGUUAACCAGGCUGGCGGAUGACGGCUGACAGUGAACUGGUGCCUGGGCAAAAUCCUGCCCCGUGGUGUUUUGUGGCGCGGGCUGUUGGUGGGGGAAGAUGUAAUUGCGUGGUGUAGCUGGCGGUUGUCAACAGCAGGUUUUUGUGAAUAUGCCAGUGUCUCAAUAGGGGCAGAUGAGGUGGAUGCUCCAGACAUUGGGCGAUGAAUUCGCAAUAGGCUUGGCCGAUGCGCGAGGUGAAUGUACUGGGACAGUGUGGAGUGGAAAUGUCGGCGGUGUCGGCGUCGGUUUCGGUGACCUUUGGCACGCCCACGCAUGUUAAAUGAAUGCCGCCCAAGCCCCGUUGUGCGAAAUCAUGAUGCUUGUGUUUGGGCGGGGGGGCGCGCAGACAAGGUUACUAGACAUGUCAGCCACCGCACCCAUUCCCCGCACCUGUCAAUUGACCGGUUCGAACAGUGGCUGGGGCCUGGGAAUGGGAAGGGAGAGUUAGGUGUACGAUCCAGUGCAUUUUCCUCAUUGAAAACAAUCUGAUGCGCCCGAAUCUAUCACGACGCCCUAAAAGUCGUGGCAUGGAAGUCUGCCUACCGACGGGAUAACUUCGUCCUCCUCUCAUGACGGCUCCGUCCUCUGUGGCCCUCAGCGGGGAUCCGAGUCGUCCCACCCCUAUUCACUGUCAAAACCUGAUCCAUCGUGCUCGGGUCAGGCGCGUUUGGCACGCGCAGAUGGGCUGUUUAGCUACUGUGCCCGACCCAUCCUCCGGUCUCCUAGACCCCGGUGGGUGGACGACAGAGUGCGGUAGAUGCAGUGCAAGACUACCAUCAUUGUACACGAAUUCACGCGUCCAAUUUGAAGUUCCUAGCAGUACUUUUAACUAGACGAGAUUAUUCAAUCUGGUUGCAUCAUAGUUUGUCUUGGAACUUAGUACUGCGCCAUUAAGCUUUAGGUUGAAAAAUUGUCUAGCCAACCAGGUUACUUUUACUACGGAAAGAAACUGCGACUUAAGUCCAGAACGCCAGAAGCCGCCGCAGGUAAAUGAAAUUUCUUACGUAAAACCACAUAAAUUUCGGUUCAUUAGCGUAGGUCGUUUUCCCGUCUAUAGCUGCUAGAGCUCCCCACCAAAAGCUGGCCGACGACGAUUAACAGAACGGAAACGGUUAUUCUAGUCUGGCCUGUUGUCAAUAUUCGUCUUACAUUUCAACUCAUUUCUAGCUGAUUUUCGGCGUACUUACAGGUGAGCCGUUCGUUACAAAUUUCGCACUUCCGAAACCUUGCAUAUUUUAAGUGACAAAUAUUUUCGUCUCAGGAAGCUGGACUAAAAAUUCCACAGGGGAAUAAAAGAGCAGAAUAAAACAGUAGUCCCAUGUCUUCAGACUUUGGCCCCAAAGCGUUUUGUACUGUUGCCUUAAAGGCGCAUGUGACUCGCGUUAGGCGAAGGCCUUGUGCUUUGUGGGCCAUCGCACUGGUCCACGCAAACCUGCCGCUGGAAGGAAAUGCGUGUCAAAUCCUGCGUUUACUUCCAUUACUACCACAAACUGCCACAACACCUGGGCUGGUGGCUUCCAGUUUUCGGGAUGAGUAACUUUAUGAAGCUUUCGCGGCAGUCCCUACCUGUCAUACUGUCUUACGUGGAGUGAAUGAUCGGCGUGUGCGUGGCACCCGUAGACAUACCCUCUUUUCAGGUCAGCAACUCUGUCUAUGCUCUUCCGCACUCGUUUGACUUUGUUUUGUCAUCGCAAAGCGACACUUCCUUGAAGAAGGUGCGAAAGAUGUCGGUGCGCUGAACUUCCAACUGCACCCUGUCCGAGUCAUUUUGUCGCCAGCAACGACAUCCACCAAGUGCCUCACUGAGUGGACUCGCCAUCGGUGGUUUGCGCGUGCAGUAGUUUAUAGUGAGAUAGACUUACACAGCAUAUGUCUCACGCUCCCCUUCCCUUCCACCUUGUGCGAAGGAUGGGACUGUAUAAAGACGGUUAGCAGCGGUGCCUGACAAAUCUGAACGGCGUGGCUUCACGUGUCACACACGACCUGGUCCACACAGCAUGCUGAUUUCACGUUAGUGGAGCCAUUUUAGCCUGACCCUCACCCCCCCCCCCACAGUCACUUCACAUUAUUCACCAUGAGAAAGCAUCAGUUGACAGCCGUCAAAGCCACGCCUCUCAGUGUGUGUCCAAGUCUCAUCCUAACUUUAUAUUCGCCCUCACCCAUGCACUAAUAGAUUGUCCGAAUCUGUCAGUCCGUGGGUGCGGUGGCGAAAAGGCCUACGUAUAGACGCACCACAUAUGCAGCAGUAGUUAUGAGCUCCCACGAACUCUGCGUGCCGCGGGCCAAUCUGACCCUGUGAUGGCCCAGCCCUAGUUAUGCAAACAGCCACACAUACGCAGGCCCCAUUGACCGAACAAGCGCCCUCUAUACCUGCAGGUCAACAGGUUCUCAGGAUCAACGUGAGUGGUUGCUGCGGAUCGCGACUCCGAGCAGUCAGUGCUGCCCUAUCCGACACUGACAUCACCCAGUCCUGCUUCCUGGUUGCCGGUGAUGCCCCUUCUAUCUCCCUGUGGGACUUGCGGAUCGGAGAUGCGGAUGCCACACACAGGCCAGCUCAACGCUUCAACUACCAGGGCUAUCCUGUCUCGGUAACAAUAUUCUUGUUUAUGUAAUAGUGACAGGCGCUCCGCCGUAAUUACCUCUGACUUAAAAGAAUACUCACCCUGGACAGUUUCCUGAAUGGUUCCACUGUUCACACUGCCACGAACUUGUUACUUCCGCUGUUCGGGCAAAGGGCCGCACACCGAUCACGCCACAGAACUCACUCAUCCUGUCUUGCCUUGGAGUUCUUCCGGCCUUCUAGACCACAACUCUUGUCGUCCCUUACGCUAUUCAAAUGGUCCAUUCUGCUGUUUAUAUCAGUUUCUCUCACUGUUGAAAACGCGAUAAGCACCCAGGACUUUUGUGUGGUAUUUCUAGAUACUUAAAAGAGCCCUUAAGGCACAACGGAACGAGUGAGUUCCGUAUGAACGAUCGGUGAGCGCCCCCCCCCGCUACCAUUGUAUAUUCCUGAUCAAAAUCCGACAGGUCAACGGGUUCGUGGCCCAGUGGUUAGAGGCGUGGACUUCUAACCAAUAGGUCGCGAGUUCGAGCCUCGGGUGUUCCGCAGUUCGGGGUUGGGCAUGAUUGGCUGACGACGGCUAAUAAGCCAGAAAUGGCCAUUCCAGUCUCCCUUGUCUUUGUCGGUAAUGCCAUUCUGCCUUGAUGUUAGUUUUUAUGUUACACGGCUUGUAGACAUCAGAUCUGCUCUGGCUGGCACACUCCGGCCACUUCGCCUCCUGCACGGACACUGUUCAACGGGACGUGACGGACAAGAGUGUGGCCGUGUGGGACCUUCGUCUGCAGUCCAUCAUCUCUCGACAGCUCUAUCAGGUUAGUGACGCGGCGCCGGUGCACGCAAGGAAACACAGACUCCCUGCGGAACCUUCGAAGCGGUUGACCCAGUAGAUUCAUUUGCUAGAGAUUUUACUUACUCUAACACUUCACUCAACGGACAAACGGGUGGUGGACGUACAAACAUGUAUUUUUUGUAGGAUGUGAUCACCAAAGGACUGCAUACUUAUUGAUUUAUGGAUCUCAUUCGUCGGAGAUCUUGUUACUCGGUUCGAUAACUGCCUGGUCGCUCACACCACGUGUUCUGAUUUACGGCGACUUUAUUAUCGAUUUUAAUAGUUCGUGUGAUAAUUGCUCAGCGGUUUUGCUCACAAAUAUUAUUUCCGACAACAGUAAUAUCCGCGGGCUCCCCGGGUGGCUCGGACGAUGCAAAUGAGGAGUGUGUGACCGAACGGGAAACAGGAGAUCUGAGGUUAUUGGUAAAUAAGGCGGGUUGGGUAAGAUGGUAUGUGGCGGGAGAAUUCAACUCUACCCCCUUUCCUAAUGUUUAACCUAACCCCUAGGCCUAUCCGGAGACGCAAUACCAAUAUCGCAUGUCAACUUAACUCGCAUAAGUAGGCGCGUAGUGCUAAUAAAACUGCGGAUUUAGUGCUUAAUCGACAGCGAGCCUGUCUGUCGGUGCACUGCGAGCCAUGACUUACGAAGCUCGCUUCUUAGACGGCCGUCACACUUUUACGAGCGUUUCAGCCAUUUUAUACUUGAAGGUGUGGACGGGUUCCGUCGAGUGAUUCGCGAUCUGUGAGCUGGCAUCAUUCCUCAUGACAACUGAUGCGUGGUCGAUGAUCCCCAGGUGGGGCAAAUCUCCCGUAUCUUCGAAGUAUUUGCUUUAUAUCGCAAGUGUUCACUUCAAUGAGAACAUCCGUGAUGAGUAUUCAGCGAUCAGUCACUCGAUUUGAGCCUGCCAAUCUGUAGGAAUUCGAUCAAACGAUGGCCAUAUCUUCUGGCAUUGGACCCGAGACGUCAGGCAAGUCAGGCGAUCACGUAUACUUUUCAAUUAGUGGCAUUGACAGGCUCGUGAACAGACGGAAAAGGUGACGCAUCUUGUUGGGAAACAUGGCUUACUUUUUGAAAGGAUUACUUUGGGUGGGUUGUAACACUGCUUAUCUGCGUGUAGCUAUAGCCCUAACCCCCACUGAUACCGGGUGUCGACUGUGCCUUGAUAUUCGAUAUUUCACCUCCACCGAAGUAACCCUUUCCAGCUAGUGGGUCCUGUGCUUCGCCACCUACUGUACAUUUCUCCUGCAAGCCCUUGGUCCUCCUCGAGGGCCGCGGGAAAGUCAUCCCGCGUAGGGGGAGGUCUCCAUCUGCAAGCUUUAAACUGCCGAGGCUAGGCCUCGCAUGCCGGGCAGAUGUCCCAUCAACUGACUCGUUGCUGACCAGUCUCGCCCAGUGACCUCUGUGGACGCUCGAUCUGCGAGCAAGAGCGUGGUGCGCGCCGUCAGCACAAACCAUGAACUCCGUGCCCCCUGCCCUUGGUGCAGCGCCUUCAUCGUGUGGUAGCUCACUCUCCCAUAUAGCUAACAACGUCCCACUUCCGGUAUGUCGCCGGCAAUGGUGACCUUGCCGGUAUAUCGAUCACUGAUCGGUCAAUUAGUGGCGUGGACAUAAUGUCUCCUCCGGCCUACGCUGGUCAGCGCUACCUCCCCGGUCCUUCUGCACACUGGCUCAAGAAGGACUGUCUAGUCAAGUCUGUUUCUUUGCCAUCUGAACGGAAAUUUCACUAAUGUGAUUGGCAGCACAACAGUCCUCUAAACACCUGACCGAUGCGCGUUGGUUCGUCGACACUCAGGUUUCCGUCGCAGAGACUGGGGAGGUGUGUGGGCGGACUUCGUCAGACCCACAGACACAGACCGCCGCUUGUUUAGGAACAUCGUGCAGGCGGACUUAGUGGACAUCACAACAAUAAGCAAUCCUGGACAUUGGUGUGGCAAAAUGAUUACUGUCCGGCCUGUCACUCGCAUGUUUCCAGUCCUAUCUGCGCUCCAGGUAAGAUGCACCGAACAAACUACUGCUAAUUUAGGAAAAAUGAGUCUAAUGAGUGGGACAUAGUUUCCCGCCUACUAGAGGCGACCGCCAGCUGGAAUUUGUAACUGUUACAGGUCACAAGCGAGUGAAGGACAAUUAGCGAGUCCCCACGAGGGGGUUCAUAGUACUGACAGAAGUAGAGAGCCCGGGCGGGGGUCGAGGCGAUCGCGUAUUCGGUGGCCAUCCGUAGGCCCAGUAGGAGUACGCCGGCGCGUACCGAUCAGCAAGCGAUAACUGAGAACGCGCGCGCUUUCUCUCUCUCUCUCAGCCCUCCUAACUUCACUUCUGCUCCUCUUAUUUUUUUCUCACAGGAAAGAUGGGGCUGCAGCCGAAUGGCGCUUGCAAGAACCGGUUCCCACUCCUGUCGAUUUGCCGUGCAGACCCAGGGCGGAGGGAUAAUCGAAGUUGUGGGCGGUCGGGAUACAAAGCGGCAGUAUCGGAUGCGGAGAAAUCUCACAACUGAUGAUCCCCGCGUGGCUUCUUCUUCUUCUCUGCCAUUCGCUGACCCCCCGCUCGCGCCAAUCUCUUACCGACUGGAGCGCCGUUGGCGCUAUGAGGAGCACGAGGUAAAUGCUCCUUCCUUUUUGCGGUGCGACAGAAUAGCAUUACUGACAGGACAACGGGCCCGCGACCCAGUGGUUAGGGUGUUGGACUCCUAACCAGUAGGUCGGAACUCGAGCCACGGGGGGUCGGGUGCCUCUCGAGAUUGGGUGGCUGGCUGGUUGGCCGAUUACGGCCGACAGGCCAGACGUGGUCAUUUCAUUCUCUUUUGUUUUUGCCGUUGCUGUGCCGGACUCGAGAGAAAUCCCCAGGGCAAAACGGGACGAGUGAAUUCCGUAACACGAUCGGUGAGCGCCACCCCCCUCUGCCACUUUCCUUAAUGUUGAACAAUUAAUGUGUAUGGGGGGGGCGGUUUGACAAGCUAGGUCACCAGAACAACGCGGAAUGCAGCCUUUUUACAGCCACAGAAGUUUAUACGAAAGUCUAAUCUGUUGCAGAUCUUUGAUCGAGGUGCCUACAGUCUACCCCAACAGAUUGCCGUGAAAUUUCACCUUCUUUCUGUCUCUCCUACUGGGAACUCCGGUCGGUCCCUGCCCAACCUAGCUGGGUUGUACAGCAGGAUAAGGAUGUGACACAACUUUCCUUUAAGUUGGCGCUAACUGUACACCUCAUUAAAUGAGCUCGCAUGCUGGGAGUAUAGUCUAGGACGAAAGCGAGAAGUCUACUGCUUAGUGGCAACGGAAUCAAAGCGGGGGCCGAUCCUGCCCGUGGAUGAACUGCCUAAGGAUUGAUGCCAGGAGAGUGGUUAUAUUCCAAGUUAUCUGCGGCAUGCGUACAUCAAGCAGAGAGACUGCGUCUUCGGCCGUGCAUUCUCUGGACCACUUUGUAUAAACAGGCCACAGCUAUAAUUUGCCCCUUUGCAAAGUCAGCGUCUCCCAAUGUUUCAUCCCGACUGGAUUCUUGCAGAUCUUUUAGGCCGCCUUCAUCCUGUUGCGUGAUCAGGCAUUGUAGGCAAAAUAAGCACAUAUGGAUCACGUUGCUUUAUUUAACUCCUAAAACAUCGAUUUAAUCAAGUACCCAAACUUUAAAGAAGGGUUCGAUUUCCAGUUGCCUACUCAACACGCCUAGUCUCUUCAGGGUCUCAAGCGUCUAGUCUCAGCCUAAAUGUCGACAAGUGGGUCUGUGCCCCUCGGUCGCUUCUCCUCCCAACCCCGAUAUUUUCUUGAUUGAUGGUCCGCUGAGCCAGCUGCGGACGAAUCCGAUUACAGUCAGAAGUAGCCUGACAUCAUCAUCAUCAUCAUCAUCAUCAUCAUCAUCAUCAGCGACUACUGCAUCCUGCCGCAUUGCGCAUGCUCCUAGCAUUUGACUUCGAUGUCAAUGAUUCGAACCGCCUUUUUCAUUCAUUGGCUCACUGGUCGCGUUUUUAUCAUCUCUUCCACCGACAGACUCAAGCUCGUCCUCUGGGUCUCGCCUACAGCCCAGAUAACAGGCUACUCGCCAGCGGUUGUUGGGGUAGCGACGGGCCGGUGGUCUAUAGGAGUCCCUGGCGGAAAGGCCCCCACUCCGUAGAAGGGGAGGAGGCAGCGGCGGCCUGUCUUCGUCUCGGCAAGGCCAUCCGAGGUGUCCUCAUCAGCGACGUCGCCUGGCUGCCUAUCGGCACACUUGAAGUUGACGGACAAGCUCUGGUUGCUGUUAAAAACAACUGUGAUCUGGGCAUCUACCGAAUUUCUCAGCCCAUGUAA